AUGGAAGCUCUCGAUUCCAGGCAUAGCAUCGGUCUCCCGUCAAUAAGCAAUCUGGACCAAGUUAAGCGGGAAGAGAUGGACUACCAGCGAAAACACUCGGCUUCCGCUGCCCCCAUGGGCUCGUUGCACCCGCUUGCCCACCACGGCCACCAAUCGUCUGCCGCCAGCACACUGCCAGGUGCGCUGGGAGGGUUGCUAUCCCCCCCGGAGUCGCGCAGAACCUCUGGCGAAGACGACGCGCAACGGCAGCCCGCACGACAUUCGCUGCCGUCCAUACAGGAAGCCCUCGGCGGCCCCGAACCACCGCACGCUUUCCCAGUAUCUGCCCCCGGCCCUCCGCCUGCGCCUACUUCAGCGCCUCAGUCAUACUUCCCUCCGUCGACAACGUCGCCAACCGACCAGAGGACCAGAGCCUUUUCGACCGACAUUCACGGCAAUCAGGGCCCUUCCAAUCCCUUCGCCCACACACGAAGUCCGUUUAUGGGAACGUCGUCAACGACUGGUCCUCCUCCGCCACCGCCUGCAGCACCUUUGGAUUCGCUGCCUCGUCCUUCUUUUUCAGAACCUCGCCCGUCCUUCUCCGAACCUCGUCCCUCGUAUUCCGCUCCUCAGCAGAAUUCCAAACUUCCCGCCCUUCAUCCCAUCCGCACAGACCGGUCACCACCUCCGGGCCCUGUGCGACCUAGCUACUCUUAUAACAACUACCCGCCCCAGUCAUCUGCCACGUACGAGCCCGCGGCGCCUCAUUCUGCUGGACCAAUGAAUCCCAACUAUGGUUACCAGCAGCAGUAUCCAUCAAGUUACCCCUUGUCUGCGCCUGCCCCAGGCGCGCCAAAUGCGGCGUAUCCACCGUCUGCAACAACAUAUUCCGCACCUCCGCGGCCAUUCGCUGGACAAUGGGACAGUCGUCUCGAGGAGAAGAAGCUCAAUCCAGCCAGCCUCGCGCCAUAUGGAGAAUCCGUAAAGAGACAUUUGGAAAGUUUUGACCUUGAAGCAUCUCUCAACGAAAUGGCCGAAGGUGCGGGCCGAAUCACGGAUUUUAGUAAAAUCUACAGGCAACGAGCUCACGAGACUCAGCGGAUUGGCAUGACUCCGCAAUCGAUGCCGAGGCUCGAUGAAGUGGAUGACAUGAUAAAGCACAGCGAAAGAGUGCAAAUUUCCCUGCAACGGAUGCGAGAAGUCGUGUUCAACCACCAAGCAAGCCUUGUCGAACCGCCACAGGAUCCGCGUUACGGACGGAUGAACGGCUACGAGCACGACGCUCAGAGCAACUAUGGCGAUGACCCCAAAGGAGUUGGCGGUUUCGCCGGCCCAGACCCAAAGAAACGUCGAGGGCGAGCGGCGCCUCCAGGCAGGUGUCAUAGCUGUAACCGUGCCGAGACUCCAGAAUGGCGACGCGGACCCGACGGAGCCAGAACUUUGUGCAAUGCAUGCGGUCUUCACUACGCGAAGCUGACACGCAAAAUGGGCGGCAAGCAGGCCAUGACGAGCUCAAACCUGCGACCCAAAUCGCUUGACCAAGGAUCGCCCACUGGAUAG